ACGCUCAGCCAAAGUGGGCAAACUGGUGGAAACACACAAAACUACCCCAUAUCCCCCGACUUUGUUAUCACAAAUCCCCUCUUCUUUCCUUUCCCCGUCCUGCCACCACUGCAUUUUCAUGAAGAGAGCAACAUGUCGAGCUGGUCAUUAUUGACCCCCGCGGCAUGGGCACUAUACGCGAUAGACUACGUCGCGUUCAACGACCCCUGGAGAUACAUGAGCAGCAUCGCCCGCUUGAGCAUCGAUGUCGCCUCCGUCUUGAUUUUCCUUGUGCUCGUUCAUCUCCACUUUGGAAUCACGCUCGCUCGUGACGGGAGUCUCAGUCGAAGGGCGACAGUGGCGAAGAAGGUGUCCUACAUCGUCACCGUGCCGCUUUGGGCCUUGGCCCUGGCCACGUUUAGCAUCCUCCUCCGCGUUUUCACUGCCGUCGACCAGUACACCGUCCCUGAACUCUAUAUUCUGCUGGACGACCUCCUCCGGCUAGACCUAGCCUUCAUCAGCAUCUUAUUUGUUCUUUCUUUGGCCGUGGUAGUGGCGGCCGUGUGCAUCACGGUUAAGUCACGGAAAAGCCCGCCGCAUGUGCGCUAUGCGUGUUCUAUCUAUCUGGCAUCCGCCAUUUUCUGGUGCCUCGGCCGUCUCUACAUGCUCGUCGAAGCCGCCUUGUGGUCCAACCCCGCCGGCGUCUACGUCCUACGUCCCAUGUGGGGCAUCCUCCUCACUGCCAUCUUCCUUGGCGUGUGGACUUUCAUCAUCCUCACCAUGCUCUUCGCCCUCGGUGCCAAGAAGGCCGACGGCCUCUGGACGGUAAUUCCUCCCUGGGCCCAGCCCGCAUACCUCGGGCAUGCUGUUCCGGAAGAAGGAUACCACGCCUAUGGGACCCAGCCGACAUACAAUUUCGUGGAGAACUACCAGAAGAACCAGCACCCCGCGGCCUGGCAACAGCCCAUGAUGCCCGUGUCACCGACGCCUCUCGGUGAGUUGAACGCCGUGCCGCCCGUGAACGAACUGGGCGGAUACCAGCGGCCGGGGGAGCUGGGGUCGAACGCGCAGGCGUGGGAGAUGACCAGCUCGCCGGCGCCGCAAUAUGCGCACCUGUAUUCGCAGACGCAACAAGACGAAUCGGCACAGCACGGAAGUUAUGUGAAGUGACCGUCGUAAGUCCAGGAUGGAGAAGCAAGGAGAGGUGAGGGGGCGCUCAAGUUUGAUAACGAUACGGUUCAUAUGUACCAUACUACAGCAUACAGUCGGUUUCUAUAGAUGCAGCAUCUAAUCUCUAAUAUAUCACAUAACGUUACUUGCAGAGGAUCGCGGUCCCAGGGCUGGUAGUUCCAUAACUGGACAGUGAAGCCUCUUGUGCGGUCAUCACUUGUGCGGUCAUCACUUCUCUUCCGGAUCCACGUACUCCUGGGGCGCCACAAAGUCCUCGUUUUCCCACGUCUUGGCGACGUACCUACAU